AUUCAUCUAACAGCCUCCGCCCGCACGGCCGUCUCGAUCGGCACGCCCCGCCGGCUUACAAAUUGCCGCUAGCUAGCUAGCUGGGCCGCGACACGUAUAUACGAGCCGCCAGGGGCGCCCAUCGCACUGCUUCUCCGCCUCCUCGCAAACACCUCCGUCCUGAUCGUGACGACGACACGCGAUCGAUACGAUCUCGUCGUGCUCGUCCAGCGACGAUCCAACCACGAGUCGUAGCUAGCCGGGGAGGACCGAUGGGCGAGGCCGGCGCGGCGGGGGCGGUGCGGGUGCUCGCGGUGUCGCGCGUCGCGCCCGCGCCGGGGCCGGACGGGGGCCGCGCCGGCGAGGCGCGCGUGAAGCUGUCCUUCUUCGACACGCCGUGGGUCGUGCUGCCGCCCAUCCAGCGGGUCUUCCUCUACGACCUGCCAUCAGGCGGCGACGAUGAGUUCCCCGCGGCGGUGAGGCGCCUCAAGGACUCCCUCGCCGCCACGCUGGCGCUGUACCUGCCCCUCGCGGGGAAGCUGGCGUACGUCGCCGAGACCGGGGACGUCGUCGUGGACUGCGCCGGCGACCCCGGGGUGGCCUUCGUCGAGGCCGAGGCGUCCGACGACGGCGGCGGCAUGAACGUGCGCCGGCUGGCGGGCGACGAGACGCACGACAUCCCGGCGUUCCUGGCCCUGGUCCCGGCUCUCGACACCCGGGCGCUCCCGGCGCCCGUGCUGUCCGCGCAGGCCACGCGCCUCCCCGGCGGCCGCGGCCUCGCGCUCGGCCUCUCCGUACACCACGCCGUCGCCGACGGCCAGGCCGUCUGGCGCUUCGUGGGCGCGUGGGCGGCCGCCGCGCGCGAGGGGUCCCCGGUCACCAAGGCCCUCGGCGCGCCGCACUACGACCGGGCGGCCGUCCACGUCCCCAACGGCGACGGGUUCGCGCGCGAGAUGCUCAAGAAGGUCGCGCCUAAUCUCCCAGUGACCAACACGGCCAUGGACUACGACUUCAGCCAGCGCUUCCGGCUGGAGCGCCGGACAUUCUACCUCGCCGCCGACGACAUCCGGUCCCUGAAGAGCCGCAUCGACGCGCUCGCCGCGGCCGAGGAGGUCGCCGAGAACGCUGCGAACAGAAACACCACCGCCACCAGCACCAACAAGAAGAAGCCGGUGUCGACGUUCGUGGCGCUGGCGGCGCUGGGCUGGACGGCGUUCGUGCGCGCCAAGGGUCUCGCCGCCGGGGACGACACGUACCUGGUCUUCCUGGCGGACCUGCGCGCGCGCCUGGACCCGCCCGUGUUGGACGGCUACCUGGGCAACUGCAUCAAGGGCUGCCUGGCGACGGCCGACGCGGGGGACCUCCUCGGCGGCGACCGCGGACUCCUGGCGGCGUGCCGGGCCAUCCAGGCGGCGGUCGCGGAGAUGGAGGCGGCGCCGCUGGCGGGCACGGAGCGGUGGAUCCAGAGGAUGAUGACGCUGCCGUUCCAGCGGCUGUGCAACGUGGCGGCGAGCCCGCGGUUCCGCGUGUACGAGGCGUCGGACUUCGGGUUCGGGCGGCCGGCGCGCGUGGAGCUGGUGUCCAUGAACCACGACGGGGAGAUGGUGCUCGUCGGCGGGAGGGGGGACGGCGAGGUGCAGGUGUCCGUGUCGCUGGACCCCGCGCGCAUGGAGGAGUUCAAGGCGCACGUCCUCGACCGCCGCUCCUCCGCUCCUCCGGCGCCGGCGAGCUGAACUGAACUGACGAAGGCGGUUCGAUCGACGUCAACCAUGCAAGCAAUCGUAGCCGCAGUGUUUUCUCCGAUAAGUACUUGUUCGAUCUUUGCGUUGUAAUAAUCAAUUCGGCAGACACGAUCAUGUCAAGAAGCAGCAGUAGUAUCGUGAGCAGUUUAUUUGUCGACGCAAGGACGCCAUGAACUGAAGAACUCCCAGGUAGAUGGCAGAUCACAGAAGAUGAGAUGAGAAGGAAGCUUGUGUUGUCGCCAUGCACGGAUAGAUGCAGACGGCCGGCCGGCCGAGCUUGACCGACCGGCCGAUCAUGGGUUGUGUCGCCGUCGAAGCUUCCGAUGACGAACGGUCCUCUGGCAGGCCCAGGACCUAGCUGAGCUCGCCCAAGGGUGGUGUCGUCAUCGUUGACGUAUCUACGGUUGUCGGAUCCGCACACGCUUGUCAAUUGUCAGUGUGAAAACUCA